AUCCAGGAGCACCCCCAAACUGGGAACACAGUCCUUUGAGGAGAAUGUGACCCCAUCCAGGACUGGGGGUUGUAUCCCAAUACCUGGGUUUGGGACCACUACUGUAACUAUCUCCAUUUUGUCUGGAUUUAAUCUCAAUCUGUUUUUCUUCAUCCAGUCCAUUACUGCUUUAAAACAAUCAUUGAGAGGAGAGACACCAUCUGAAGUCAAAGCCAAAGACUGAGACAUGGAGAAAUAUAUCUGGGUGUCAUCAGUGUACUGAUAGCACCCCGCCCCGGUAAGACUACAUUACAAAUGGAUGGACUCAAUCAAAGAAACCAUGGUCCUGAGUCUACAAAACCUAAGCACGGCUGUUGAUGAUAAGGUGCCUUGGAGGUCUUUUAUGCAUUGGACCUCUGAAGGUAAACCUACAGCAUCUGGACAGCAUGGUUUUACAAUAUGGAUUUUAAGGAAUUAUAAAGGACUCUAAGGUAUAAAGGAAGACAUCAAAGAAGAAUGAAAACUGGAAAGCUUUUGCCUCUUUCAGUACGCAGUGCCUCUUCUGAUCCAAAUCUUCUUCAUCGUAAAAUAUUCCUCAAAAACUGGAGUACCAGAAUGAAAGGUUACUAAUGUGGGCUGACUGAAUCUGUUUUCUUCUGGUGAUUGGAAGACAUGGUCCUUGCAAUAAAACUGUUGCUCUUCACCUGUAUUUGGCCAACAUCAGUAUUAAUCAAUAACAGUGAUCAUCACCACCAUCAUUACCACCAUCAACAUCCUCAAAGAUCAUUCAUGAAAAGGCAUAAUAGCAAACGAGAAAUUAAGAUGAGGAAAUUAGACAGCACUAAAGUAAGGCCCAUGAAAUCUGAACAACUUCUCCGUAUAGAGGACCAUGAUUUUGCAAUGAGACCAGGCUUUGGAGGAUCUCCAAUACCAGUGGGUGUUGAUGUGCAAGUAGAAAGUAUUGACAGUAUUUCUGAAGUUGACAUGGACUUCACAAUGACUUUAUAUCUCAGACAUUAUUGGAAAGAUGAGAGACUCUCAUUUCCUAGUACCAGAAACAAAAGUAUGACCUUUGAUGGAAGACUAAUAAAAAAGAUCUGGGUACCUGAUAUAUUUUUUGUUCACUCUAAAAGAUCUUUCAUCCAUGACACGACGAUGGAGAAUGUUAUGUUACGUGUUUACCCAGAUGGCAAUGUGCUCUUCAGUUUACGGAUAACCGUUUCUGCCAUGUGCUUCAUGGACUUCAGUAGGUUCCCACUUGAUACUCAGAACUGCUCUUUAGAGCUGGAAAGCUAUGCCUACAAUGAAGAUGAUUUGAUGCUAUAUUGGAAGCAUGGCAAUGAAUCCCUCGCCACAGAUGAACAUAUUUCCCUUUCCCAGUUCUUCAUUGAAGAAUUCAGUGCUUCAAGUGGAUUAGCAUUCUACAGCAGUACAGGUUGGUACAAUCGCCUGUUUAUCAAUUUUACUUUGAGGAGGCAUAUUUUCUUUUUUGUACUGCAAUCCUAUUUCCCAUCUAUGCUGAUGGUGAUGCUGUCGUGGGUUUCAUUUUGGAUUGAUCGAAGAGCUGUUCCUGCAAGAGUAUCACUAGGUAUAACUACUGUGCUGACAAUGUCAACCAUAAUCACAGGAGUAAGUGCCUCAAUGCCUCAGGUGUCUUACAUAAAAGCCGUGGAUAUAUACUUAUGGAUCAGUUUUCUCUUUGUCUUCCUCUCGGUCAUUGAAUAUGCAGCUGUAAAUUAUCUCACCACAGUUGAAGAACGGAAACAGCUGAAAAAGAGAGGGAAGGCUGCUGGAUUGUAUAACAUUGAUGUAGUGCAAGCAAUGGCGUUUGAUGGCUGCUAUCACGACACGGACACCGACAUCGACCUGACAACUUUUUCAGUUAAUUCCACAGAGAGCUGUGCACGAGACCGCGCACUCAGUAUUGCUAAUGUAGAUACAACUCGCAUAAAAAGGAAAAGAUCCUUAAGAGGGAACGUGGGCAGAAUCAUUUUGCAGAACAACCAUGUCAUUGACACAUAUUCAAGAAUUAUAUUUCCUACUGUAUAUAUUGUAUUCAACUUUUUUUACUGGGGCUUGUAUAUAUGAAUGACGAGAACUAGAAGGUAUUUUUCAUCUUGCAUCAAAAGCAUACACACAGCUAAUGCCUCUGCAAGCCAUAAUCAAUAAAGAAUCAGAUCAAUAUGUGACAUUUCAGAGUCUGAAGACAAUAUUUUGGUAAUGAACAAAUGAACAGACAAUUUCAUCUCCUGACUGGGGGGGGGGGGAGGCACUGUUAACUAAGAUCCAGUAGCACUUGGGUUUUUAAUGUGUUUCUUGUAAUUUUAUUUCUCAAUGAUGGGUGAUUUUAAUUGGUUUUCAUGGUAUCACCAUGACACUUCUUCUGUAUCACAUAUAGGACUGGCAGUUGUGGCUCCUUCCAUGCUGUCGUUUAGGUUACAGAACAAUUUUAAAGCUGUUAAAAAUGACCACUAGUUUGAAGCAUGCCAUAGCACAUCCUCCCUCCUCUACUUAUCCAUCUCCCUUGCCCCUUAUCAUGAUCCGUAUAAACAGAAUUUUUCUCGCAAGUAAUACCUCCCCCACUUUACUUAGUAUAUUGUAUUCCAUCAUGCCUAGGUCCAGAAGCAGAUGAAAGGUCCUCCCUCCAUCGCAAAUGCCAUUGUCCUGGCCUGGAAGAGAGAGAAGAAGAGACAGUAUUUGCUGGACAUAAUCCCUUUGCCCACAGCUAUCCCUUUUCCUUUUGUAUCAUGUCUUAAUUAUAUUGUAAGCCUGAAGGCAGGGAAUUGUUUUUGUUGUUCUUUUACCUGUAAAGUGCCAUGUACAGUAAUGGCGCUAUAUGA